AUGCAUGCUCUUCGCCAAGAAAUUAUUCCGGCCAGCGGUGUUGAAUUCGCUGCAAGUCUCCAUUUGACGCCGUCAUCAAGAAAACCAACUUCAACGAACGUUUCAACGCGUCACGAAUUCGUAUCGCGCGUUCUCUGCAACCUGGUUGUCGCUCGGUCUAACUUACUGCGUAUAUUUGAAGUGCGGGAGGAGGCUGCGCCUAUACAAACACAAGCAGAAGAUGACCGGGACAGGCGGGCAAGUAUGAGGCGAGGGACGGAGCCAGUCGAGGGCGAAGUUGUGAUGGACGAAGCAGGAGAUGGGUAUAUCAACAUAGCCAAGUCUGUGCCCCAGAAGGAACCAGUGCAUAUUUCGACAGUCACUCGUUUCUACCUUAUAAGAGAACAUCGUCUUCAUGGAAUUGUAACCGGGAUAAAAGGACUCAAAAUCGUUACAUCUUUAGAGGAUAAUCUGGACAGACUGCUCGUUUCUUUUAAAGAUGCGAAGAUUGCUCUUCUAGAAUGGUCUGAUAUAAUCCACGAUCUUGUCACUGUUUCGAUCCAUACUUAUGAAAGGGCCCCCCAGAUGCUUGCUUUAGAUUCUCCUUUAUUCAGGGCGGAGUUGCAAGUAGACCCCCUCUCCCGCUGUGCUGCGCUUUCGCUACCGAAACAUGCCCUCGCUAUUCUUCCAUUUUACCAAACGCAGGCCGAGCUCGAGGUUAUGGACCAAGACCAGCCUCAACAGGACCAAACUCAAUUCAAGGAUGUACCCUACUCUCCGAGUUUUAUACUCGACCUGCCAGGUCAGGUCGAGCCAAAUCUCCGUAACAUCAUCGACUUUGUGUUCUUGCCAGGAUUCCACAACCCAACACUUGCAGUUCUAUUCCAAACGCAACAAACAUGGACUGGUCGAUUGAAGGAAUUCAAAGAUACCGUCAAACUUACCAUCUUCACCCUCGAUACCUCAUCCCAAAAGUAUUCGUUGAUAACUUCCGUUGAAGGUCUACCCCAUGACUGUUUAUAUCUCAUGCCUUGCUCGGAGACAUUGGGAGGAGUAGUUGUGGUCUCGAGUAACGCAGUGAUAUAUGUCGAUCAAUCUUCGCGGCGCGUUGCCCUUCCGGUCAACGGAUGGACCUCUCGAAUCAGUGAUAUCCAACUCUUACCGGUACCAACUUCCGAUCAAAGUCGACACCUAAUCCUGGAAGGCUCUCGCACUCUUUUUGUUGACGAUAAAACCUUUUUCGUAUUCUUGAAAGACGGCACAGUAUACCCAAUCGAGAUCGAGGCGGAAGGAAAGAUAGUCUCAAAGCUUAUUUUGGGACCACCGCUUGCCCAAACAUCUUCGCCGUCUGUGGUGAGAAGCCUUGGCGAAGAUCAUAUCUUCAUCGGAAGCACUGUCGGCCCAUCCGUACUGCUUAAAGCCGCACACGUUGAAGAGGAGGUGCACGACGACGCACAGGAUUCUGCGCCAUCUGCAAUAGUUAAAGAUGACGAUCAGAUGGAUUAUGAUGACGACGACGAAGGUCAAGACAUUUACACGUUUACUGACAUCUACGGCGUCUCAUCUAAACCUACAGCAGUGUCAGCCGUCAAUGGCCUUUCCAAUGGUCACUCCGUAGCAAAGAAAACACGGACAGUCAUUCAUUUAUCUUUACGCGAUUCUUUGCCUGCCCAUGGUACUAUUACUAGCAUGGCGUUCUCUUUGGCCAAAAACGGAGAUCGUCCAGUCCCUGAACUUGUCACUGCAACUGGAUCUGGCUUGACGGGCGGGUUUACGCUAUUUCAGCGCGACCUUCCAGUCAUCGCUAAGCGGAAGCUUCAUGUAAUAGGUGGUGCUCGCGGGCUUUGGUCUCUCCCCAUUCGCCAGCCUGUUAGAGCAAGCGGCAUUUCAUAUGAAAAACCAAUGAAUCCAUAUCACGCAGAAAAUGAUACCUUAAUUUUAAGCACGGAUAUCAAUCCUUCUCCAGGUUUAUCAAGAAUCGCCACGAGGACCACUAAGAAUGACAUAUCUAUUACUACCCGUAUACCUGGUACUACCAUCGGCGCAGCACCCUUUUUCCAACGAACAGCAAUACUUCAUGUGAUGACCAAUGCUAUCCGGGUCCUUGAACCUGAACGCCAAAUAAUCAAGGAUAUGGAUAACAAUAUGCCUCGCCCCAAAAUUCGCUCCUGCAGCAUCUCCGACCCUUUUGUGUUAAUCAUCCGAGAGGAUGAUUCCAUUGGGCUCUUCAUCGGCGAAACUGAGAGGGGAAAGAUUCGACGGAAGGACAUGUCGCCCAUGGGAGACAAGACUUCACGCUAUUUGACCGGGUGUUUCUUUUCCGACACUAAUGGGAUUUUUGGAGAACAGUACGAGAACACUGUUUCUCCAAACGGUACAGCAACAACCACCCUUCAAGCUGCAGUCAACGCCGGAAACAAAGGUCAAUGGCUAAUCCUGAUGCGUCCUCAAGGCAUCAUGGAGAUAUGGACGUUGCCCAAAUUGACGUUGGCUUUCUCCACUGAUGGUCUCUCGACAUUGCAAAAUGUUCUAACAGACUCGCAUGACCCCCCUGCGCUUUCGCUUCCCCAAGAUCCGCCGCGAAAACCGCAAGACCUUGAUGUAGAACAGUUACUUAUUGCUCCUAUAGGAGAAACCUCUCCUCGCCCUCAUUUAUGUGUAUUCCUACGCUCAGGUCAACUAACGAUAUUUGAGGUAGUGGCCGCAAGCGAUAACUUGGAACCAGUGGCGAAACCUAGACAGUCACAUCUAAAGAUCAUGUUCGUCAAAAUUGCCUCGAUGGCUUUCGAAAUCCAGCGUCAAGAAGAAAAUGAAAAAAGCAUAAUCGCAGAACAAAAGCGAAUUUCACGGAACUUCAUACCGUUCGUAACUAGCCCUGCACCUGGCGUCACAUAUUCCGGGGUGUUUUUCACAGGCGAUCGCCCUAAUUGGAUUCUUGGGGGCAACAAAAGCGGGGUGCAAAUUUACCCAUCAGGGCAUAGUGUUGUGCAUGCAUUUACCGCCUGUUCUCUGUGGGAGGCCAAGGGUGAUUUCUUGCUUUAUACAGAAGAGGGUCCCUGUUUGCUUGAAUGGGCCCCCAAUUUCCAGCUUGAUGGACCAUUACCCUCUCGUUCAAUUCCAAGAGGACGGUCUUAUUCAAAUGUUCUGUUUGACCCUUCUACCUCUUUAAUCGUUGCAGCUUCUUCUCUUCAAGCGAAAUUCACAUCAUAUGACGAAGACGGCAACAGGAUUUGGGAACCUGACGCUCCUAACAUUGCCGACCCCCUAUGUGACUGCUCGACCCUUGAGCUCAUAUCACCUGACCUGUGGAUAACGUUAGACGGGUAUGAGUUUGCAACGAACGAGUACAUCAAUGACCUAGCAUGCGUCAACCUUGAAACGUCAAGCACUGAAAAUGGAAGCAAGGAUUUCAUUGUCGUCGGCACUACAAUCGAUCGCGGAGAGGAUCUUGCUGCCAAAGGCGCCACUUACAUUUUCGAGAUCGUUGAGGUCGUUGCUGAUCCCGCUGUCGCGCCUAAGCGAUGGUUUAAGCUUCGCCUCCGAUGCCGUGACGAUGCGAAAGGUCCGGUCAGUGCUGUGUGUGGCUUUUCCGGAUACCUUGUUUCAUCCAUGGGUCAAAAGGUCUUUGUGAGGGCAUUUGAUUCGGACGAACGCCUCGUGGGUGUAGCGUUUAUGGAUGUGGGCGUCUACGUGACCUCGCUUCGGACACUGAAAAAUCUCCUCCUCAUCGGCGAUGCUGUGAAAAGCGUCAUGUUCGUGGCCUUCCAGGAAGAUCCGUACAAACUUACACUUCUAGCUAAAGACACGCACCAUAUAUGCGUGACGAGUGCCGACUUCUUCUUCACCGAUGGCGAGCUUUCAAUAGUCACCAGCGACGAGGAAGGUAUUGUGCGUGUGUAUGAGUAUAACCCACAAGAUAUUGAAUCCAACGAUGGGCGAUCUCUCAUACUGCGCACUGAGUUCCAUGGACAAAGCGAAUACCGAACUACUGCCAUCAUUGCUCGUCGAACUAAGGACCAACCAGACAUUCCACAAUCCAAACUAUUGAUGGGCUCUCCGGACGGCUCAUUGACUUCACUCACUUCCGUGGAUGAGCACGCCUUUAAACGGCUGCAACUGCUUCAGGGUCAACUUACCCGUAAUAUUCAGCAUACUGCUGGACUUAAUCCCAAAGCUUUCCGUAUUGUACGCAAUGACUACGUCUCUAAGCCAUUGUCAAAGGGCAUCCUUGACGGAAACCUUUUGGCCCACUACGAAACUCUUCCAAUUACCAGGCAAAACGAAAUGACCAGACAAAUUGGAACGGAGAGGCUGACCGUUUUGCGGGAUUGGAUUUCUUUGUCCGGUCCUUGGCCAUUCCUGGUGUAA